AUGUCAGACGCCUUCACUACAUCAGUUGAUAUGCAUUUGAGAGACUGGGACAGUCAGAUUGACUUUGCCCUGAAUGAGUCAUUGAAUUGUUCAGAUUUCUUGGAAUAUGUCUAUUUGUCCAGGGAUCGGAUACGAAUGCAGCUGGAUUACGUGCGAGGCAACUUCUCAGCAGAGGAUGAGGCAUUUCGCUUGCAGGGUGCGGUUGGUGGAUCAAGUGCAUGGGCAAUGACCCACAUGUCGCAAGCUGCCUCCUUGCUUUCAGCGCACAUUCACAUCCAUGGGAUCUUGUCCGGAGCUCGUCCGGAAUGUUUGAACGAACAUUUGCAGCUUCUCUUUUUGAUGAGUCUGCGACGAAUGAAGCAUCUCUUGCACUCCCAACUGCGUCAUCUAUGGCUGGUCUUCCAGGGUACCGCCGAAUUGGUGAGACAGGGAGCAGGGAAAUGGCUCAGUGAGGUGGUGGAGCUCUUCGAGGCCGACAUCCGAACGUACGAGUCGAUCAUGGUGAAUUGGCGCUCCAAGGAGGAGAUCGAGGCUAAUAGCACUGGCACGAUCCCACUGAGGCCAGGUCCGCCGUUACCACCCUUUGAUGUUCAUGAAGCAGACGGGGUUGCUCUUUCAACCAUCGAGGUGCUACGACGAGACACCUUUGAGGAGUGGAAUGUGCCGAAACCCUUGCUGCGAUCGCUGCUGCGCUAUGUCUUGCCACGAGAUAGCCAGGUGGCAGAUUUCUGCGCUGGAGCUGGGGCUGCAGCCAUCUUCCUAAAUGAUACUGGUCUAGUGAAGGCCUAUGCCUUUGAUCCAUCGACCAACAUCAAGUUGUUGAGCAAGAAUGUGGUGGAGCAACUGCGACUGCACGCUGAGGAGAUCAGACUUUGGACCAGUUUUGAUGUGACCAUGUGUUUGACGGAUUUCGGCACCAGCCCGAAGGCAUGGGCUCAGGUGUGGCAGAAUCUGGAGAUGAGCACCAAGAGAAUAGCUAUUCUAAAUUGUGGAGAGAAAGAAACAAGACAACAGGCUAUGAAUGGCGCAGCAAUCCAUGCUGCAGCCUUGGCAUACGACGAGCAGCUCAGUACUCAACUCGCUGAGAUUCACCCAGGGAUUUGCAUCUUCUGGCGCCGCCCAGCAUUGAGUUGA